AUGACAAAUAAUACGCUGAAAGUAAUUGCAGCUACGGCUCUUUUGUCAGUGUUUUCAACACGGUUAGCUAAGGCUGCAUGGAAGGAGUAUACGCUUUCACAUGCGGCUAACAAGAACAAGAUCGCAUCGCAACCUCGUCAAUAUGACGAAAACUUAUUUAGGGAGCAACUAGCUCGUAACUACGCUUUUCUAGGGGAGGAAGGUAUGAGAAAGGUCAAAGAACAAUUCAUAGUUAUUGUUGGUGCUGGAGAAUUGGGGUCCUGGGUAUGUACAAUGUUAAUUCGCUCAGGAUGUCAAAAAGUUAUGAUUAUUGAUCCGGAAGAUAUAUCUGUUGAAUCUUUGAAUACACAUUGCUGUGCAACAUUAUUAGAUGUUGGAAAACCAAAAGUCGAGUGUUUGAAAGAGCAUUUGUCCAAGAUCGCUCCUUGGUGCGAAAUAAAAGCAAGAACCAAAGCGUGGACCAAAGAAAAUUCUGAAGAAUUCUUUUUUGCAGAUGGCGAUUCUCCAACUUUCAUUGUGGAUUGUCUAGAUAAUCUAGAAUCUAAAGUAGAUUUGUUGGAAUAUGCCUAUAAUAACAAAAUCAAUGUAAUAUCUUCUAUGGGCAUUGCCACUAAGUCUGAUCCAACCCGUGUAAGUAUAAAUGACAUCUCUAUGACUGAAUUUGACCCUAUAUCUCGUUGUGUAAGAAGAAAGUUAAGAAAAAGAGGGAUUAUCACAGGGAUUCCGGUGGUUUUUAGCAAUGAGAUGCUUGAUCCACGCAGGGACGAUGUACUGUCCUCUGUAGAUGGAGAGCACUGUGCUAUCAAUGCUAGUAGAGAUGAAGCCCUGAGGCACUUACCGGAAUUAGGAACCAUGCCAGGCAUUUUUGGUUUGAGUAUUGCGACAUGGAUUUUGACGAAGGUUUCGGGAUACCCAAUGAAGAAAAAUGAAUUCAAGAAUAGGCUAAAAUUCCAUGACGGCAUACUAGAAACUUUCCAAAAUCAGAUGGCUCGAUUAAAUGGCGGUAAAGACCAAUCAUCUGUGAUUGGGUUGAAAGAAGUCGGGUACAUAGUUGAAGAAAUGUUUAGAGGCAAAUCUCCUAUCAGCGGGUACUCUACAAAGCUAGCUCUAACAAAAUGGGAACCUAACAAAGAGGUGUCUUUGACCAACCUUGUUCUUUUAACGAAAGACGAACAAGAGAUUCACGAAGAAAGGGUUUUGCGAGAUGGCAACAAACUAACUGAUGUUUAUUCUAGUGAAGUUUUGAACGCUAUAAAAAGGACUUUCAAAGAGGAAGAGUAUUAUUCUUAG